CACACAGUUGGAUCGACGCGGUACCACACCACAGUCUCAUCUAAGCCACAGCUAUGCGAGCAUCUUCCCCCUCAUAGCCGAAAAUUCCACAUUCCCGGAGACACGCGCGGCGACGCGACGCGAAAGUUGAAAUUCGAAUUCGCGAAAUAUUUAACGAAAAAAUUCGAACUUUAUUUUUUUUCUGAAAUCGAAAAUUUGGAGCAGUUGGCGGCAAACGGUAAAGUUGUGUGUUAGUGUCCUUAACAGUGUUUAGAUAACUUUCAGAGCUUUUUAAGAUUUUUUUAUGAUUUACUUGUGUGCUGUACCGGUGUGCCGAAACAUACUAUUGAUGUGAAGUGAUUUUUAUUUUGUGCACUAUUUGAUUUGGAUUUUUUGUUCCGGAGUUUUUGGAACAAUAUGGAAAUGUCUUAUUGGAUCGGCAUGCUGCUAGGAGACUCUGAAUAAGUUUAUUUUAAAUAAAAACCUUAUUUUUAAAUCGGUUCGAAAAACAAAGAUGCUGGGGUGUGCUCUUAGGAGAGUUACCUCGUUUACCUCUUCCCCUACAGACAUCAGCUUCAGCUCGGCUAACGAUAGCCGGUGCAUAGACAAAUAGAUGAUAAUAAGACAAACUUUUAUAAACAUUCGGCCCAAUAAUCCAAAAAUCUAAAUUGACGUGUAGGGAUAAAACUGGAGAUUUUGAAACUAAACUAGUCAGAGUAGCUAAAAUCGUUGAAUAGUGAGUUACCAGAAGUUGCGUUAGUCGGUUCGGGGUGGCCACUGCGGUGGUAUGCUUUAUAUUGCAUCUUGGAUCGACUGUGCGCUGUCAGGUCGCUACGUCACGUGGCUUCCCAGCGCGCGACUGCAGUGCUGGAUGCUACUAACUGUAUACACGUUACCACAGCUUGCCGUCUCUGCGAAGAUAUUGUGCCUCCUGAUGGUGGUGGUCUGCGGUGCGGUGCCAUCGAUGGUAGUCCGGUCGGUUCGCCUCUACAGCCAGUGCUCCCAUAUGUACGUCAACGUGUUUCCAAACGGUACCGUCAUGGCUCGCUCCGAUGGAAACGACCAGCCGAAUCUCACCAUGAGUAUCAGCGGCAUCAACUUAGAGCUGCUAAUCCACUCUCCUAUGCAGGACAUGUACCUCUGCUUCAACCGGUCCCGUCUAGUGGGCAGACGAUUGACCUACUUCCAAGCGGAGAGACAACCCAAUUGCCUGUUCAAAGAGGAGUUUGUGGACGGCUACAACAGAUACCAUCUGGUGAAGAACGAAGACCGCUACAUAGGGUUCAACCGGAGGGGCCUGCAGCUGCGGCGCGGGAAGAGCCGGCUCACGGAGCGCCUGCACAAGUGUUUCUCUUUCAUGAUCGAGGCCCAAGACUUCGACGUCGACAGGCACAACCUAGAGCGCGCCGGCAACAUGCUCAGGUCCCGGCCAGUGCGUCCGCAGCGUAGGCACCGGCCGUCGGCGCCGUGCCACGGCACGCGUCACCACCACGGCCGGCCUCAGAGGCGGAGGAACUGCGACGGCACGUAGGCCGUGCGCACCCUCAACACAUUAGCAGCAUUUACGCUUCAACGCUUCGCGCGUUCCGUUGCCAGCUGUCGAUGGACAUUGUGAGUGGACAGAGUAUUAGUCAACUAUCGCAGUAUUAUUACAGUGACGUGAACUGGAUAGCGUUAGGUUAGCUCGGCCGCGGUGGCCGCGGCGUUUCAAACGCCGCAUGAAUGGUAGCUGAAGCGAGAGAGUAAACAUUUGAAUGGGAAAAAAACGCCGAGCCGGGACGACGUCCGGAGCUGUGAAAUUCCUUAAGCUCGUGUAACAUUGUGGCGCUCGUUUGCUCUUGUGCCAGCGGUCGGACUCGUGCUCUAAAAGGAAAAAAGGUUUUUCUGUGGAAAGAGCAAAUAGUAGUCUCGGCAGUCACGAGUGUUGCGCCGGACCACCGCUGCACCGACGUCGCGUGGGGAACAACUUGGUCAACGCGUUGGAAGUCUGGGUAGCCCUCGAUUGUACCGGCUGGCUCGCCAUCAGUGUAGCAAAAACGCCUUUACGUCAAUUCUCAGUGUGUUAUUAUUUAAAAUGCUUUAUUAUUAAGUACGGAUCGUGUUAUCUGCUUGUAAAUAUAAUAAAAAUAAUUGUGUUUACUUAUUUAUCAAACAAAAGUUAAUCAGAAAUUUGUAAACGUAGGUUUUAGAUGUAAAGUUGUAUUAAAAUGUUUUGUAUUUAAUUAUGGGUAUUUAAUCUAUCCGACCAACCGCUCUCUUGUGAUUAGCCACAGUCGCUAUGACCUAGUUUUCUUUACUAACUCCAUGUACUGAAACUUUUCCUUACUAAUGUUCAUUUGAAUAUAUUUUCCGGUCGAUUUGUGAAUUUGAUUGUAUGGUUUCGAGCGCUUUGUAUAUAUUAUUUUAAGAGUUUGUAUGAGAGUGAUAGGUACUUGAAUCUCUUUUGUCGAAAUCAUCCCGAUUUCUGGCGAUUCUUAGGAUGUUUUUUCUAUGAUAAAGUUGCCAGUUUUAUUAACAUUAUGAGUUGGAACAUGGUAGGAGUCAGUAUCAAGUGUUCUGCUGUUAUCCAUAUGUUUGUCACCGUCAAUACAUAUAAAGGACAUUUAUAAUCUUAAUAUUUUAAUAAGAUCUGUGCCAUAGUGUCGUGGCAGUGUAUCUAUGUGUUCGCAUUAUAACUAGUGUGUUAAUUUCGUCUGUAAACUUGGAGUAGAUAAAAAUAUUAAACUUAAGAAAAUAUAACAGAAUUUAUUUGACUUUGCAAUCAUAUUCAGGAGGAAAAUCAUAUAAUAUUACGUAAUUUUCUUAUAGAUAAGCAGUAUUGGUACAUAAUUUUAGCGAAAAUAUUGGGAAAUUUGUCGACAACAGAUUACCUUUGAAUGCCCACCCUUGAACAAAUGCGUACAUAAAGUGAACUGUUGGAAAUGAUUGCAGAGUCGAUACAAAGAUUUAGUGAAAAUAAUAUUUGUAUCAUGUACCCAGUGUAUUCAGAUUACAAGUAAAGUUAUCGAUUAAUGUCGAACAUUAAAGUGGAGUGAGUAACCCGUUGAUCGCGAUAACACAAGACCUAGCAAGGUUUUCCAACCUUUAACAUCUUGGCACUAAUAGAAAUGUGCUCAUAACUCUACGUGCAACACAUAAAACUGCUCUGAAUAUAAUGUUCGCUAUUAAUCUCGAGUCGCCGUUGUCACCAUCGAUGUGUUAUAUACGUUGCUUUACAUUCCACCAUUAUUCUAUAAUAAACAUAGAAAACAAACUGUAAAAGACAUUAAAACAUUCCAAACAAUGUAUACAGUACAACCAAUAUAACUUGACUCGUCCGAAGUACGCCACAAGCGUAUCGUUGUCACUGUCCCUCGCUGUCAUUCGCGCUACUGACAUCUCCCUCAUUCACAUUAACGCCUAACUUCAUAGAGGUCAAGAUAUGUUAGCUGUGCUGUUUAAUAGUUAACAAAAUAUGCGCUUAUAUACAUAAUAAAUUUGUUAUAAUAACUUGACACUGUCUUAUGUAUUACUGUGUCUAAUUAUAAGUAUUCCGAUGCUGAGAACGAAAUAUAAUUGCUAAGAAAAAUUACGAAAUUAAAUCAUAUUUAACUCGCA